AUGUCUCAUAAAAAUCAACUGCCUCGUCGCAAUACACCCAAGCCCACACAGUUCAGACCCAAGCUUCGUGACGUUUCAAAUCAAAUGGACCGACCAUAUUUACCAUUCACUUCACCCCCACCUGAGGGACCUGAAACAAAAAAGCGACGAUCCAAUCCACGGUCUCUCCUGAAAUUGGCAAAGAGCACUAAAUCAAAGCUGGCGAUACGCCCCCCCACACUCCUCUCUCUGUGCAAACUGUCCAAUGACAAAAAGGUGAAGCUGUUGGACGAAGAGAGCCAAGAUCAGACGACAGUUGUCUCAGACUUACAGAAGGAUGAGACAACAACAGUCGAAGAACCAAUACCUCUCUCAGCAUAUUUCCUACUGGCAUCGGCCGUUAUUUCACUAUCAUUCAUUGCCCCACUGUUGGAUCUUCAACAGGCAGACUCAACAAUGAAGAUUGUCUGGCGUCAAAGUGCUACGACCAUGUUGCUGGCAGUCAUGACGGUAUCCACCUUUGUGAGAGAAGGAUCCUUUGGAAUUAAUAAGGAUGCACCACCUUCCGCCAAGAGUUGGGGAUACGCCAUACUGGCAGGUGGUUUCUACUCUCCCGUUUGUGUCAUAUUUUCAAUGGCUCUGGAGUAUACAACUGUCGAAGAUGCAGUGGCCUUUAGCAACACCCAAUCCCUCCUCAUCUUGGCCGGAAAGGUUAUCCUUGGUUCUGCAGUCUCCCUCCGACAGUCCGUUGGAGCAUUGACAGCCUUUGGUGGGGCCAUCUUUUGCAAUCUCGACUCGGAUCAAAUGGUGAUGGAGGAACAAUUGACAAUGUCAAAAUUUACGUCUGGCACCGAUGGGGAUGGUUCAAACUACGCAUCAAGUAUAGAAACCAUGGAUGCCAGAAUAUUGUACGGAGAUCUUUUGAGCUUUGCCUCGGCAUUUUUUGGAGUGGGCUAUUUGCUGCUCAGUAAAGAGGCAAGAAACGAAAUCUCCUUGUUUCCGUUCAUGUUUGUGGUCAUGCUGUCCGCCACUAUUGUCAGCAACCUCACGGUAUUUGCAAUGGGAAAGCCACUGCAAGUCUUUAGUAUGGACGAAGACUGGGGAAUCUUUGGGUUUCUGCAUUGGGAUCGCUUUGAUCGCCUUCCUUUGGAAAUCAUCACUGUCAUUAUUUGCAACAUGUUUGGAACCAUGGGAUACAUUCGAUCUCUGCGAUACUUUGACCCCUUUGUCGUUUCGGUAGCGGCUCUUUCCGAACCGGUCGUGGCACAGCUCCUGGCCGCGUUGGCUCAGGUGGGACUCUUACCGGGAUGGCGUGGAUGGAUUGGAAAUGCUUUGAUCGCAAUAGGAACCUAUUGGGUUGCGUACCAACCCAUAGAAACGAAGGAGGAACCGCCUAAAGAGGCUUCCGAUGCUUACAAGGAACUCCCAGAAAAGAAGGAACUCCCAGAAAAGAAGGAGGAACCGCAAAAAAAAGAUACUUCGGAUGGCUGCGACUCACCACAAUAA